AUGGCCAGUGUCCAUUUCGGGCACCGUACAGUGCGAUCCAAACAGGCAAAGCGUGAUAUUCAUGAUCAGCAACUUCCACCGUGCAUCCAGUUACCUGGGUGGACAGGAGGACCCCACUGUGCGACGAGAGAGUGGGUAAGCGGUGCCCAGCCUGGAUCCCCUGAGCAAGAUAGGUUCGGGACUAACGAACAGCUGCAGAUGGUCCUCCGCCCACGCGAGUCAUUGGAGGAUCCAUCCGGCCCGGACUGGUUGGGCGUGGCGCCAAACACAUGGCGUACGCCUCAUGGAGAGAGCAGCAGAAUAUGGGCCAAUGUUGCCAGAAGGGUACGAAGUAGCUACUCGACGCGAAACACUCCAAUCGGCGAGGGUUCGAUCGGGAGCGCUUUGAGAAAAGUGGAUGUGGCUGUUCAAGCGACUAUGUCGACGGUUCCAUGGUUCAGAAGGGUCUUCCGGCAGAUACCCGCAACCUUGAACGAUGAGUUGUACACGCUGAGACUAGACCCAGCUUACAAGGUCGUCUGCUCUUGUAGGGCGAAUGGCAGCCCUUUCACCACUGGAUACCUGGCCUACAGUAGUGAUGUAGUACAACAUUCGGCAGUACAACGGAUCAAUCUGCCGAUGAGGAGGCUCGGCCCGGUCGGGAGAUAUGCCUCAACAAAGAUGAUCUAUGAGACAUCAACUGUGAGUAUCCAUCUGCUGCAACGGAAUGGAGAUGGGGAGGACGGCGACUCACAAAACUUCGAUCUCUUUCGAUCACCCGCAGAGGAAGAAUCGUGUAAACAGGACUUCCCAAAUAGGAUGAUCUAUUGUGAGCUUGUUGAAACACUGGCAGAAAGCGCUCAGGCCGUGGGCGUAGCAAGGAUCCUAUCCCAUCAACCUGGCCCAUGGUACGCACCGGCCCUGGGAUGGGUUAGAGUUCCCGGGAGCGAUUAG